AUGGAGGAGUUGAGGGACAGUCGGCCCAAUAUGUCAAGACCUCUGAUCACUAGAUCCCCUGCAUCUCCAUUGAACAAUCAAGGCAUCCCCACUCCAGCACAGCUCACAAAAUCCAACGCACCAGUUCACAUUGAUGUGGGUGGGCACAUGUAUACCAGCAGCUUGGCCACGCUUACAAAAUAUCCUGAUUCCAGAAUCGGCCGGCUUUUCGAUGGCACGGAGCCCAUUGUCCUCGACAGUCUCAAGCAGCAUUACUUCAUCGACAGAGAUGGGCAGAUGUUCAGAUAUAUCUUGAAUUUUUUAAGGACAUCGAAACUCCUCAUUCCUGAUGAUUUCAAGGACUACAGUUUGUUAUAUGAAGAAGCAAAGUAUUUCCAGCUUCAGCCCAUGCUAGGAGAGAUGGAAAGGUGGAAACAGGACCGGGAGAGUGGCCGCUUCUCAAAGUCCUGUGAGUGCCUGGUGGUGCGAGUUGCCCCAGAUCUAGGAGAGAGGAUUACGCUGAGUGGCGAUAAGUCAUUGAUAGAAGAAGUGUUUCCAGAAAUUGGUGACGUGAUGUGUAAUUCUGUCAAUGCCGGCUGGAAUCACGACUCGACGCAUGUCAUCCGAUUUCCACUGAACGGAUACUGUCACCUCAACUCAGUUCAGGUACUUGAGAGGUUACAGCAAAGAGGGUUUGAGAUUGUUGGCUCAUGUGGAGGUGGGGUGGACUCUUCCCAAUUCAGUGAAUAUGUACUGAGACGAGAACUCAGAAGGACAUCUCGUGCACCCUCCGUCAUUCGAAUAAAGCAAGAGCCUCUGGACUAA